UCCCUGUGGGCUGAAUUUUCAAGGUCAAUGCGGCGGAACAAGGCAACCAGACAACCCAAAUCCUCCAUUUCCAAUUUUCCACGGCCACCUCCGUUCCCACAGCCUCGGUUCUUCGAGAAGACCGCCGCCGUCCCCCGCCGGUCAGAUCUCGCCGCGGCUCCGCUCCAUCCCCAUUGGAUCAGAUCCGGUCCUGCGUCGGCUGUCGCAGAGGGACUUGUUUUUAUCAAAUGAUUGGCAAAAUGCAUGCUUGGUGAUAUCUGGAUAUGAUUUGCGUGUUGUUGAUAAUGCAGUUGGCUUCUAAUGGCACUCAAGCAGAAGAAACAAUGCAGUUUGUGUCCCAUUGUGAUCAUGCAGAAGUGUCUGAUUCCCAGGCGAUAAUUUCAGAACUAAACACACCAGAGAGACCCACAGAGCAUCUAGCCUCAUGUGAAAUCAAGCCAGUAAGUGUUGAUGAUGACAAUGAAAAUAUUGAUGCCAAUGAAGAAACUCACCUUGUUGUUCAAGAUGUUCCUCAAUGCCGGAUUUGCCUUGACAAUGAAGGUGAUGACUUGAUUGCGCCCUGCCGUUGCAAGGGAACACAGAAGUAUGUCCAUAGGUCCUGUCUUGAUAACUGGAGAUCAACAAAGGUAGUUGCUUUCUUGGGUAUGGUGGUAUACAGAUUUUAUGGAGAUGAACUGCGAGAAAUGUUUGGCUAUGAAAAGCAUCCAUAUGCUUUCUACGCAAUGGCAAUAUUGGCUAUUGUUUUGGUUGGUUUGCUGUAUGGGUUCUUCGUUGCUAUAAUAUGUGGGCAGAGGAUCACUGAACGGCAUUACCAUGUCCUUGCAUUGCAAGAGUUAACCAAGCAGGAGUAUAUUGUAGAAGAUCUUGAAGGAGCUGACCAAGUGCCAGACCUUGAUCCUAGCCAUGUUACAGAGUUGAAGAUAUUGGGACUCUAUUGAACAUAACUGCAUAUAGCAUCAGUGCUAGCAAACCUCCGUGCUUGUUGCGAUGGGUCUGCAAACCUAGUUCACCUGUGGGUUGCCCUUGGAUCGAAGAAUUUGCUUGCAGGGGAUUAUCCAUCGGUCCAUGCAUGCGGCAUGCGGAGUGAAGUAACUUGAGAUGCACUACACUUGUUUGGUUCUACUAAGAAAAUAUAUAUGUAUGGCUCACUGAGUCGCUCCUAUUUAAUCUGUCAUAUUGAAUGCCACAACUAGCUGUUCUAACAAGAUGAAAUAAACUUUAGAAGAUAAGCUCGUUUCUUUUUUACAAAAAAUGUCUGUUACCUUGGAAUUUAGCAAUAAAACAUAAAGCAUCAUGUAAACAGUCUUGAUUUCCUCAAAGGAUCAGCCUGUUACCAUUUGCAUUAAUGUAGGACAAAGCGGGCUUUCAUCCGCAUAUGCUGAUAACAAAUUGCAUCCAGUGCCUUGGGCAUGCUUGCUGAUGCUUCUGAUGCCCAGAUUCAGACAUACGUUGGUUUCUUUAUAUCAUGGACAGAGUACCUGGUUAAUUCAAGUUCCCAAUCAAAAUAUGGAAAAGAUGCAUAUGACGGCCAUGUAUAUCUGUUUACAAUUCGUAGACAUUAUGUACAAAUUUUCUUUACUUACAUUAUUUAUUUGGUAAAAAGUAAAAGCAAUAAUGCCCUAAAAUACCAAGGCUUGAUUGCCACAACUCAAAUGCUGAACUAGGAGUAUUCUCCAUAGCAAUAGACAUGGAAUCAUUUAUUUGGUCCCUUCAGGGACCACGAUUCAGGAACCUAAAGAUUCCUCCCUUUUCCUUCCUUUUUUUCUUGAGAAAAUGUGAAAAAUAAAUGAUACUCUGAAGUAUCAGUAGUAACGAUGUCUGAUAAGUGGGGAACACCUCAGGCUGGCCGUUCAAGCACAAUUAGAACAGAAGAACACGUCAAAAAGGCGUGAACUGCUGAGUUCCUCAUCCCUUGCAGCUAUUGUCAGUUGUACCAUGUCAUGAUAAGUCAUUUAAUCUUCUUGAGAUACAGUACUGACGCAUCUGAACCAAUGGACAAUGUGGUUCAUGAUGAGAUACUGUUUCCUCAGUUAUCCAGCACAAGCUGCUAGACUGCUACUGCCCAGACAGCUUUGUAAGGAUAGACAUAGUUGGUGAAGUUACCAGAAAUGUGUUGGGAUGGUUGUUCGAGAAUCAACGGCCACA